AUGGCACCAGUGUCGCGGUCCCGCUAUCCAGACACCUCGUACUCGCGGAGAAAGCGCCACAGCAGCUCGUCAGAGAGCCCGCCCUCCACACAGGACAGACAUUCCUCCUGGGGUGGCCAUUCGCGGUCCCGUUCCCACUCCCACUGCCGCGAGGGCCUCAGACCUCCAUGGGGUGGGUCGGUGCUCGGUGCUGGUUACUCACUUAGCUCCUCUGGGUCGCGAGCACGGCCCCCCGUGUCCCGCAACUACCGCUUCACGUCCGCGUCUGUCUACUAUGGUGGAUACAGAUACCAUCACCACCACCACGCAGGCGACCGGGACUGGGCGGAGGACUAUGAGAAGGAGAAGCAAGAGAGCUAUCGGCAGAGGAGGUUGAAGGAGAGGGAAAGGAUCGGGGAGUUGGGUGCUCCUGAGGUGUGGGGACUGUCUCCAAGGUUUCCAGAGCCCGAUUCUGAUGAGUACAGCCCAGUUGAGUAUGCAGAGGUAAAGGCCCAGAAGAGCAGCAGCUCCAAUUCCAGCUCGGAAGAAAAGAGGAAGAAGAAGACCAGCCAUUCCAAGAACAAGAAGAAAAGAAAGAAAAAACCCAAACGGAAAUAUAGGAGAUGUUCUGAUAACAGUGACAGUGAUUCAGACUCUGACGCUGAUUAUAACUUCGAUGAUAAACGGAGAGCCAAGAAGGUCAAGAAGGUCAAGAAGAAAAAGAAACACAGGGAUAAAAAGAACAAGAAAAAGAAGAAUAGGAAGACUAAAGAGGAAUCUAGUGACUCAAGCUCUAAGGACUCAGAAGGGGAGUUGCCAGAAGAUAUCUGGAUUGGCCAAUCCAAAGUUGCAGAUACCAUGGAUCUAAUAGGCCCAGAAGCACCCAUCAUCCAUAUUUCCCAAGAUGAGAAACCUUUGAACUAUGGCCAUGCUCUGCUCCCAGGUGAAGGUGCUGCUAUGGCUGAGUAUGUCAAAGCCGGUAAGCGUAUUCCACGGAGAGGGGAAAUUGGGCUGACAAGUGAAGAGAUUGCUUCCUUUGAAUGCUCAGGUUAUGUUAUGAGUGGUAGCAGGCAUCGCCGAAUGGAGGCUGUCCGACUGCGAAAGGAAAAUCAAAUCUAUAGUGCUGACGAGAAGAGAGCUCUUGCGUCCUUCAACCAAGAAGAAAGGCGGAAGAGAGAGAAUAAGAUCCUAGCCAGCUUCCGAGAGAUGGUGUACAGAAAAACAAAAGGAAAAGAUGACAAAUAA